AUGGGUAGAACAUUUGGAGCACGCCAUAUGUCAAUUGAAACUCGAAAGUCCAUUCUUCGAGGAGUCGAUCAAGGAAUGAGGCAAGUCGAAUUAGCAAAACUCUUUAAUGCCUCCAGAGUGACCAUCUCUGCUUUACUGAAGAGGGUAUCAACAUGUGGAGUAAUUGGAGCAACGCCGAAUCCAGGACGAAGCUCGCUGCCUCCGAUACUCAAGGUGAUAGAUGAAUUGGCCAUCGCAAAUCAACAGAUCCCAUCAGUUAGAACUGUUCGAAGACGCCUACAAGAUGUCGGACUCAAUGGAAGGCGUCUUGCAAAAAAAAAACCACUCAUUUCAAAAAAGAAUCGUGUUGCUCGUGUCAAAUGGGCUAAGGAACAUAUUGGUUGGACUCGCCAGCAGUGGAACAAAGUUCUAUUUUCUGAUGAAUCCAAGUUUAACUUGAUGGGAAGUGAUGGUAUUAAUAGUCGUGGAGUCGGACCUCUUCGCCAAAUUCAUGGAAAUUUGGACAGAUACGGCCAUGAGGAGAUCUUAGAAACAACAAUGCGUCCAUUUGCUCUUCAAAUCAUAGGCAGAGGUUUCAUCUUUCAGCAAUAUAAUGACACGAAGCACACAUCUUCGCAUAUUCGUGACUGA